GUUUCCUGGUUCUUGGUUAUUUGAGCCAUUUUGGUUAUUUCAAUUCCUUCUUAUUUAAUAUUUUUGUUACCGAUCUAUGGUUACUUGAUUUGAUCCUUUCUGACUGGAGUUUAUCAUAUUCGUUCUUUUGUUUUUCAACUUCUAGAAUUUGCUUUUUUGAGUCGUUCCAACAAUGACUUCAGCAAAGUGUUAACAAAACAAAGAGAUAAAAAUACUGGAAAAGCAGCAAAUGAAUGCAACUUGUGGCUAUUUUUUAUGUUUUUUGAAAAACUACAAGAGUUUCUCAAUGCAUACGGUGUGGGAGUUUUUUUCAUGAGUAGAUAACUAUAUGAAUAUUACUUUUUUGUUAUUUUAUGUUGGGGUUUGUUGAAUUUUACUUAGCUCCAAUUAUAAAUUCUGUAGCUGCCAUGCUUGUUUUGUUACCUUUCUUUUUUUAAUGAAUAAUGCUUAUGGGUUUAUUUUUUCUAAGAUAUACAACUUGAUGUGGGUUUGUUUAUAUCUUUUUAUGCGAACACGAUGUGCAUGAAUUACUCAACAUUUUCGUUUUCUUAUUACUUUUGGUUAUUUUUGUAUUUGGGUUUUUGACUAUUUUCUUUGCGAUAUAUUGCUAAUCUUGCUUCCUAUUUGUGAAUAAAAUGUUGAAUUUUACUGGAAAUGAGAAUAAUCUUGCUUACUUUUUUUGUGAUUUUUGUUUUUGGGUUUGUUGAGUUUUACUUAGCUCCAAUUAUGAAUUAUGAAUGCUGUAGCUACCAUGCUCAUUUUGUUACCUUUCUUUUUUAAGAAUAAUGCUUAUGGGUUCAUGAAAUCUGAUAUAUUUUUUCUAAGAUAUACAACCAUGAUGUGGGUUUGUUUUUAUGUCAUAACAGAAAACCCCUAUUGUCACAUCAUAAAAGUGAAAGGGUGAGUGAGCGUGAGACAGAGAGUAGUUGCUAACGGUAGGAAAGAGACGACAGUACGAGAUGAGGAGGAUGGUUUUUUUUAUCAUGUGCACCAAAUUCCAUGCAAUAUUUUUGGGUUAAAUGGUGGCAACUGGCCAGGUUUGGAUUGGUACUUUACUUUUAGGACGCAUUGGGUCCUAGGUUGGCAUCAACCAUGUUUCCCGGCGCAUUGGGUAGGGGUCGGUACAGGUGGCAACGGGUCGGGUUAUAUUUAAAUAUAUUUUAUAUAUUGGGAUCCGAAAAAUAUUAUUAGAUUUGGACUUGGACAUGGAUCUAACCGGAUUAGAGCGAACUGGUAGCUAAACUCGAAUAAUGUUUGGGUCCAAGAUUUAGACCCGGAUAUGACUGUUGAGUCCAAUUUUUUGACCAAUACCCAAACUUGGAUCGGGUCUAUUCCUCAGGUCUAGGCUGGGUCUGGGUCCAUUACCACCCUUUACGGGUUGGAUAAUGACCUAGCCCAAGGGUUCGUAUUUAGAAAAUCAACAUAACCAUAAGUAAUGGUAUUUCCCAAGAAAUCCGAGUCAGAUUUCUAUCCUGAAAGGUUUGGAACCAGCAGAAACAAAUCUUAAAGAGAGCAUGGUUGGGGUAUGAUCUGAAGAAAGUCUAGGUAAAGCUAGAACAAAAGCCAAAGGAAAUACAUCUACGCAAUCCACGAAGAUUAAAAAUCUAUCCAGUUUGUACAUGGAUAGAUUAGUAGUACUAUAAUUCGACCACGUAAAGAUCGUCCCAAAAAUAAGAAGAUCAAACAUGAAAUGGCUUUCAAUAAAUCUAUUGAAUAUCCUCGUAGCCGAAUUUAAGGAUCAUUGAGGAUCAUAACAAUCAUUCUUCUACACGUGCCGUUAACUCAACGGGCAUCAUAACAGCUCCUCAUGGUGAUGGAAAGGAAGCAAUUGUGUUAGUUUCACAUUACAAUUCAGAUAAAAUGGAACCAAGUGAUGCCCUAUCAGUAAGCCUUGCUUACUCAAUAUUCUGCCUCCUUGGCCGAGCUGCACGGCUUGCCAAAGAUAUUGUGUGGCUAGCAGCUGAUUCAAAAUUUGGAGAAUAUGCUUCAGUUGCAGAAUGGCUCAAACAGUACCAUGAUCCAGUAUUUAUCAGAAAGAAAUUAAAUUUUCACCCAGUUGAUGGGGAUAUUCUGUUUCUGAGGGGCAUUUCAGAGGACUUUAAACGUGCUGGCACUAUGGCAGCUGCAAUUGUCUUUAAGGUUUUAGAAACAUCACAGGGGACUGGGACGGAUAAUGUUAAUAUAUGUGCAGAGUCUUCUAAUGGCCAGAUGCCAAAUCUGGACCUCAUUAAUAUCGUGCAUUAUUUGGCAGUUCAUAGGCAUGGAUUGCAUGUUGAAGUGGGGAAGUUAUCUUUUUUACUUAAUUCUCUAUGGCUAAAGGUGGUUGGCAAAUUUCUAGAAGGAGUGAGCAACAUUGCAGGAGGCUUAAACCCUAAGUGGAGAUUUGCGCUUCCUGUACUGGAUUAUGUUGAAGGGAUAGCUGUCCUUGCAAGCUCAGUAUAUCACCAGGCCCUUGGUGUGCCCACCGUUCCUCAUGGUGCUUUUCGAGACUACCAAAUCGAUGCUAUUACCCUUGAGAUAUCACCGAGAGUCUCUUUGAACAGUGAGAUAGCCUGCUCUUCUUUUCUUGUGAGAGUUGGCAGGUUAGUUUCUAGUAUUCUUUUAGCUCUUAAACUUUCCUGUUAUGUGACAGUAUUUUGUUAAAGUUUUUUUUUUUGGAUAAAUGUAUUUUGUUGAAGUUGCAGCGCAUUAUUUUUUAUUUGUCUCACAUUAGCGUUGAGAUAGUUAAAGUUGAUCUGCUAUGAAACUCCAAGUUUAAUGCUCAUGUUUUUUCUCUUUCUUGAUUUGUAAUUGUGAUCUACAUAGAGCCUCUUUGGUGGUGAGA